GAGCAAGCAGGCAAACAAUGAUUGCCAACUCAUAGGGAAAAUUUUUUUCUCACGGAUGAUUGUAACGAACAGCAAAGACAGACGGGCAAGCAAGCAAAGAGCAAAUCAGCACGGACUAGGGGCGCAGACGUCAGUCCGGAUAAAAAAAAAAUGAUAAAUGAGUGAAGUGCGCUGUUCACUGAUCAAACUCUCACGAACCAACAAACGCCGGAAUAUCAAUUUCACAAGGUUCAUUUCUUCCUUCCCCUUCCAUACUCUCUUCCCAUACCCGCUUUGUUAGUGGCAGCUCCGUUUUGCUUUGGUUUGCGGUCGAGUUAGGUUUCAAGGGAUAAUUACGCACUACGGUACCAAAGCACCACACUACCAGACAAUUACUCUACCACCAGAGGAAGGAGAGGAAUAAGUAGGAGAAACAGCUCCGGGUCCGACCGUUCGUUCACUUACACCCGAACAACCAAAAAUUCUGAGAGACAAGCUUUCCCCAUUCGCCUGCAGGAAACGGGUUUUCUUUCUUUCUUUCUUUCCUUAUUACGCCCUAUUGCAUUAUUAUUUUCAACCUCUAAGCUUCUUUUUUUGGGGCCCACAUUUAUACUUGGGGGGAGGGUUUUCUUUUAAACCAUACGUACACAUGCGUUACGGCGCUCCGAACGAACCCAUACCCUUAAGGCUGUAACUUUACCUAGCCCGAAUCCACCAUUCCCUGCCGCACGUUGGGCAAAGCAAGUUGCCAUGAACGACCGCUACACAAACUACCCACAAGACCGCGACCUUCAUCAUCACCACCACGCCCCUACCUCCCGAGCCCCUAGCUACUCACUACCCUCCUACCCCAGCAUUCCCCCGAAACAGAUUCCGCACCACCCCCACCACCAUCACCACCCAUCGUCCUCGUCAAGCACGUCGCCUGGCAUCACCGACGCAACCCCAAUUCGCUACUCCGGGUACGCGCAGGGCCCGCCGUCGCUGAGCACGUCGAGCAUCAGCAGCAGCUCGUAUGCCGGCAGCGCAGACGGGGAGAAUGGAGAUGGGGAUGUGGAUCUCGUUGCGCUGCUGACAGAGAGGCUGGCUGGUGCAUUUGAUCCGCUGCAGUUGGAUCGGAGUUUGGCGGUGCAGGCUCAGACCUCUGGCAUGUUAAACUCCAAAACCCGCGAACUAAUCGCCCUACAGGAGGAAGCCCAAGCGCGGCUGGCAGAAACAAGACGAUGCUUCUUGGAAGGAAUGAAGGUCGCCAAAGAGGUAAAGUCGGAUCUGGACUAUGUGCAUCGGAAAGUCAAAGUGCUUAAACAGAAAACCCAGAGAAAAUAUCCAGUGGAAUACGAUAUGGCACGUGAUCGGAUUCCUCCCGCUACUCAGUAGUAGACUCUCUAUUCCUCUUGUUAUUCGAACCGUUGACCGUUGGUGAUGCCUUAACCUACCUUACCCUUUUGAUUGUAAUUUGUAUAAUUGGACUUUGUCGCUGUCGUAUUACUACUUUUCUUCUUUUUCUUUCUAUUCAUCUCAUAAUUUUCUUACCUGUAUUUCAGAUUCUUUUAUUCUACCUUAACUAACGAACUAUCUACCUCUCUCUCGUCUCACUCUGACAUUGGAAUGAACAGGACGGAAUGGGAUGGGUGGUGCGGGAUGAUAUGCAAUAGCACAUGAGUUCUGGUGUAGACGUAAGGUCUGCCCUUUUGUUCUUGUU